AGCGUGGGUCACAUUAUGCUCUCACGCUAUAAAGCAGAUGGACCACAGCGCUCAGUAGACACCUCUGGUGCCCAGCUGCAACCAGGCUGCUCUUCUGAUACUCAGGAAUUCCAGCAGGGCUGCCCAUAUUCAGAGAGGCAUGAUGAUCAUUAUGUUUAUGUGCCACGUGGUCCUGAGAUGAGCAUAAGAGUCAAACGAGUCACGAUGGGCGAGCGUUAUGAUUGUACAGACUGUCAGGAGUCUCUGUACGGGCAGAAGUACAUCCUGAAGGAGGAAAGGCCGUACUGCAUCAAGUGCUAUGAGGCGCUCUUCUCCAACACCUGUGAAGUCUGCCAGAAGCUCAUCAGCUGCACGAGCAAGGAUCUGUCAUACAAGGAUCGCCACUGGCACAGCGACUGCUUCCUCUGCAACAAGUGCAGCCGGUCUCUGGUCGAACGGCCCUUUGCCACCAAAAAUGAUGCGCUCAUGUGCAUCGAGUGCUACAGCAACGAGUACUCCGCCAAGUGCCACGCGUGUCUGAAGACCAUCAUGCCAGGCUCCAAAAAGAUGGAGCAUAAGGGCAACAGUUGGCACGAGAUUUGCUUCACCUGCAACCGUUGCCAGCAGCCCAUUGGCACCAGGAGCUUCGUCCAGAAGGACGGCAACAACUACUGCCUGCCCUGCUAUGAGAAGCAGUUUGCUCUGCAGUGCGUCCACUGCAAGAAGCCCAUCACCACUGGAGGUGUGAACUACCGCGAUCAGCCCUGGCAUAAGGAGUGCUUCGUUUGCAUUGGGUGCAAGCAGCAGCUGGCCGGCCAGCGGUUCACCUCUCGAGACGACUUUGCCUACUGUCUCGACUGCUUCUGCAACCUGUUUGCUAAGAAAUGUGCUUAUUGCACCACCCCAAUCAGCGGUCUCGGGGGUAGCAAGUACAUCUCUUUCGAGCAGCGCCAGUGGCACAACGACUGCUUCAACUGCAAGCGGUGCUGCGUGUCUCUGGUCGGUCGGGGUUUCCUGACGUGCAAAGACGACAUCCUCUGCCCCGACUGCGGCAAGGACAUCUGAGCUGAGAAGCGAGCAUGCACGGCUGCAUUCGCCCAACUUUGCAUGAUUUUCAAUCAUUUAUCAGUGUUUUACACAUUUUUUUUUAAUGCAUGCACUGAAGUUACCGUGCUUCAUGUGAAUGACCUGCUGCCUUUAUUCCUCAUUAGGAUUUUUGAGGUUUGGUGAGGAAACAUUCACUGGAACAAAAAUGUGCUUUCAAGCCAAGAAUCCUAUAACCCAAAUAUACUAUAAGUCUCAUUUUAGAAUGACAGCACAUGUAAGAGCAUGUGAGGCUGUUCUUAACAUAUAAUGCUAUGAUGCAACUGUUACUACUAAUGCUGUUUGUUCUAAUUAAAUCAUUCCUGUGUAAUCCAAUUUAAAUCUGUUUGGCACAAUAAAGAGCUUUGAUGCUG